ACUUCGUUGUGUGAGAGGGAGCUGAGAAAAAUCGUAGAAUCGCGAAAUGGAGAAGAGACAACUGGAAGGUGCAGUAAUUGCGAAGGUCAAAGAAGUCAUUUCAGCUAUAAUGAACGCGAAACACGUUGAUGAAGUCGUUUGUGCGCUUCAUUCUAUUGCCGCUCUUCUUUUCCCUCUUGAUUCUUCUCUCAUUUCAGGUAGCAUUGAAGAGUGUUACCGAGAUAAGGUGUUAGGAGUAAAAAUUCCUUCAGUUGAAGAACGACAUGAUUGGUGGGAUGCAUUUUACAGAGGAGUUGGGUUUCCUACACUAGCCAGGUUCUUGUUGCUUGAUGUUGCUCCCAAUUGGUUGGGAUGUUUCCCCAUUUCAGCACAGAAACAUGCUUAUGAUGUUUUCUUCAGUCAUGGACUUGUCAGUGAGGUGGUUCAGAUUUUAGUUCCUUUUCUGCAGCAGAAUGGGAGUGAUGGUCUUGAUGUUAGUGCUGUCAUCUCAAAUUCCGAAAGAUUGCUUGUACUGUGCUUGCUUGAAAAUUAUGGGAUGCUUCAGUUAGCAAGAGAGUUUGGGGAUCCUUCUAAAUCAAAAGGUUUUACUAAUGAACGGAUCAGACCUGCUGUGUCUAGAGUGGCACAGAUUGUUGCGUCUAUUCCUGACAAAGCUAGAAUGAACACCCUGACUUUGUUGUCAUCACAUGUAUUCUUCAAACAGAUUAUUGCACAGCUUCUUUCGCUAGCAGAAGAAAGAGACACGAGUUUGCUGGAAAAUGUAGAUGCGUUGGAUGAAAUGGACAAGAAUGGUGCAUUGUUAUUUGUUGGGGAAAUGUUUUCUCGUAUUUCUCGCCGUGGUUUUGCUGAUUUGCUAUCAAGUGAAUUAGUGCCUCGAGUUUUAAGGCUUGUCAAGAAAUGCUUAUCUUCAUCUAACCAUUCAUCAACUAAGGGAUUGCUUGAGUCAAAUCCAGACUUUAUGUGUUGGUCGAUUAUCAUGGAAGCAAUUAGGGAUCCUUAUACCAUGGAAAGAAUUUCUGAGCAUAUAUUGCAUCAGCUAGCAACUCAUCAUGCUGAUGAUGUCCAAGCCUAUUGGGUUCUGUGGCUAUUAUUCCACCGCAAUUUUAAGGUGCAAGCUUCCAUCAGGUCCAUGUUUGUUGACAAAUUCCUGCUUUGGAAGGUAUUUCCUAUUACCUGCCUGAAAUGGAUCCUCCAAUUUGCUGUACAUGAGUGCCCACCUGGUAAUUCCUUGUCAGGAUACAAUCGUCCUAGGUUCUCGAAUAUUGUCGAACGGCUAGUGACAACAUGGUCCAAGAAAGAAUUUGUUCAAACAGCACCUAUUGAGCAGCAAGCUUAUAUAUCUGCAGCUCUUGGACUUUCUUUAGAGACAAUGUCUAAAGAAGAAUUGGAUAGGAUGAAGGAUUCCAUGCAUUUGAUUCUUCAAGGAGUUAGCUGUAGACUGGAGAGUCCUAACGAUUUAAUUCGCAAAAUGGCUAGCAAUGUUGCCUUGGUGUUUUCUAAAAUUAUUGAUCCGAAAAAUCCUCUGUACCUCGAUGAUAGCUGCAGUGGGGAGACAAUUGAUUGGGAGUUUGGAUUCACUGCCCUCAAGAAACCAAAUUGUGGAGAAAAGAUAGUUGAGAGAACGAAAUCAUCUGAACUGCCAAGCAUGGACAAAGACUCCGACUUUCCUGUCAAUAAAGAAAAAAGCAUUAGUGUAAAGGUUAAAAAGAAGUUAUUGGACUUUGAUACUCUUGAUCCAGAUGAGAUUAUUGAUCCAGCAUCCCUCAAUCUUGAAUCAGACAUCGAUGAUGAUGACGACGAUGAUGAUAGUGCAAGUGAGAAUUCAUAUUCGUCAAGUGAUUCAUCUUUGCAGCCAUAUGAUUUGUCAGAUGAUUACUCAGAUCUGAAAAAAAAUUUCUCCCAGUUGAUUGAUAUUGUUGCGGCACUUCGAAAAUCAGAUGAUGCUGAAGGGGUGGAAAGAGCUCUUGAUGUUGCUGAAAAGCUUAUAAGAGCGUCCCCAGAUGAACUAAAACAUUCCGCAAGGGAUCUAACCAGAACUCUUGUUCAGGUUCGUUGCUCUGAUAUAUCUUUAGAAGGUGCAGAAGAGUCAGCAGAAGAGAAAAGACAAAGAGCGUUAGUUGCAUUGGCUGUCACCUCCCCGUUUGAAUCGCUUGAGACACUGAACAAACUGUUGUAUUCGCCUAAUGUAGAUAUCAGCCAACGCAUUAUGAUAUUAGAUGUCAUGACAGAAGCGGCUCAGGAGCUCGCUGAAUCAAAAAUUUUGAAACCCAAACAUCCAACUAGGGAGACUAGUUCCCUUAUUUCAGUUGUUUCGGAUACUCGACCUUGGUUCUUGCCUAGCAACUCAGGGACUCCAGGGGCAAGUUCCUGGAAAGAGAUCUCAGGCACUGGAGCUUUUCAGAACUGGUCAAAUACCUACGAGAGGGAACUUCCCCCGAAACCUAACCAGGCCAUGAAAGGGAAAACACGCCGGUGGAGCCUAAGAUCCCCCUUUGCAGAACAAAACCAGAUGGAGUUUUCUCAGAACAAGUUUCCCAUGUAUGCUGCUGCAUUCAUGCUUCCUGCUAUGGAGGGAUAUGAUAAGAAAAGGCAUGGUGUUGACUUGCUUGGCAGGGAUUUUAUUGUCCUUGGGAAACUCAUUUAUAUGCUUGGUAUUUGCAUGAAAUCUGUAGCCAUGCAUCCAGAAGCAUCUGUGCUAGCUCCUUCCCUCUUAGAUAUGUUGAAAUUCAGAGAGGUAUGCCAUCACAAGGAAGCAUAUGUGAGAAGAGCUGUCCUCUUUGCAGCAUCAUGCGUAUUGGUCGCUGUUCAUCCUACUUACAUUUCUUCUGCCUUGCUCGAAGGAAAUGUGGAAAUUGCCUCUGGCCUUGAAUGGAUUCGCACAUGGGCCCUUGAUGUAGUAGAUUCAGACACAGAUAGAGAAUGCUAUAUGAUGGCUAUGAAGUGUUUACAGCUCCAUGCCGAGAUGGCUCUCCAAACUUCACGAGCUUUGGAGUCGGCAAAAAGUUCAUUCAAGUCCGGUCCUGCUCUUCCUUCCGAUGCAUCCAAAGUGACCAUUAAGAUCCCCUAUUUAAACAAGGAUUAGUCAUUUUUCUUGCUACUGUGAAUGUUUUUUUCUGUUUAGUGCAGAAUGUAAAUUCAAAAUCACUAUUUUUUGGGUCAACGGAAUCACUCUACUUUCCCAGCUGCUACUUUUUCAUCUUAACUUUUAUGCCACUCCUUGUAUCUUGUAUAAAAUGUGUAUUUAUCAGUCUUCAGAGCUAGCACUUGGUAUAACACCAAUGUUCAUAUAGUGAUAUUACAAAUGCGUUUCAAGUUUAGUAAUAUUUAUUGUAACAUCAUUGCUUAUUGUA